ACAUGACGUCGGAACACCCGGAGUCGUACGCCGUCAAGAUGUUGAAUCACGGGAAAGAGAAGCGUUUUGUGUGUGAAACAUGCGGAAAGGCGUUUAGGUUGCGGUGCCUGCUGCUGUCGCACCAGCGCGUGCACACGGGCGAGCGCCCCUUCGCGUGCGCGGAGUGCGGCGCGCGGUUCGCGCGCGCGCAGGCGCUGUCGCUGCACCGCGCCGCCGCGCACCGCCGCGCGCGCCGCCACGCCUGCCGCCUCUGCGGGCAGAGCUUCGCCGCGCGCAGCGCGCACAACAAGCACAUGAAGAUCCACCUCAAUAUUCGGCCUCAUAAAUGUUCUGUGUGCGAGAAAGCCUUCGUAAGCCCCAGUGACCUCAAAAGACAUGUAGAUCGCGUACACAACAAAGUGUCGUUGCCUAAGAAGAACAAAACCAAAGGAAAAGAAAAUACUGAGCAAGAGGAAUAUUUGUUAUAAAGCUUUAGGACGCCUUACUGGGCGGCGGCGAGAUGUAUGAAAUACGAAAUAAAUACGUUUUAUAAAUCAA